CGGAAUUCACCACCACUCCCACGCCUCUUCUAUUCGAUUCCGUUCUGGACACGGGAAGAAGGGGGAUAAUUCCGAACCCUAACCCUAAAGUCCCAAUUCCAGAUCGUAUAUAUAAAGCAAUACAGACCGACCCUUUUCUCUCCACAUUCUUCUUCGUAUUCAAUUCCUGAUCCUUCCUUUUUCUCUCUGCAACUUUUUGUUUCUCCCUCUCUAGAAAACAAUUUCUCUCUCCGUGUUCCAUUGUGAAUGGUGGAAAUCUCUAUCAAUUGGUUCAUGAUCUCCCCUUUUACUUCGAGGGGGAUCUCCGCAGCCUCUGCUUUCUGCUUCGGGUCUUGCAAGCAAGGCUGGUACUAUCGCUGCCUCGGCCUCGACCCUUAAAACCGAUUUCGACGCCGGAUCGACAAGCCCCUUGUCUGCGAUUUUCGAUUUCUUUUAUCUCUUCGACUCAAUUCGCUGCCCAGCCUCAAUUCAUCUUCUGGAUCUUGAUUUUUUCUCGGUUGGUGUUUGUUUAUUUUUUUCUGAUUCAACAAUGGUGCUGUACAAGCAGAAGAAGAACAACCAAGCGGCCGCCGCCGCUCGCAACCGCCUCCUCAUAAGCAUCACGGUGCUCGGCAGCGCCGGCCCGAUCCGCUUCGUUGUCAACGAGGACGAGCUCGUCGCUGCAGUCAUUGUCACCGCCCUCAAGGCCUAUGCCCGCGAGGGCCGCCUCCCCGUCCUCGGAUCCGAUUUCAAGGAUUUUGUGCUCUACUGUCCUAUUGCCGGAACUGAAGUUUUGCAGCUUUGGGUCCGUGGCAGACAAUUGGGUCUUUUGGUGUUAGGAAUUUUAUGCUCUGUAAGAAGCCCCAGGUGGAGAGUGCAUCCGUGGAUGAAGAAAAGCACGCAAUUACUCGGAAAGGAAAUGGCAGUUGGAAGACAUGGUUCAAUAAGUCUCUUAACCUUAAGAUAUCUAGCCAUUGAGAUUAUGCCUUGUGGUUCCCGGAAAACAUUACUACUGUUUUUGAGGAUUCUAAUGUUGUUCCCACAUUGUGGCUUGGUUGUUCCGGUUGGUCUGCUUUCAGCUUCAAGUCAAGUCUAAUUUUAUUCUAGAUUUUGGUUUUUUCUUUGUCCUCUGGUCUGUGUUGGGUUUCUGGUUUUUGAGUUGCAUUGUGAGAAAAAUGGUCCACAAUGAGUCACUUGUACUGGCAGCGUUACCUUUGAAAUAAAAGAGAAGAUUUCUUAUUGAA